GUUUUGGAAACAUCUACGCGCAUACGUCGCUAAAACCAUGUCAGCCAAUAAUCCUAAGAAACGUCAGAAAAACCUCUUCGACGAUCUGUCUUCAAACUCGGAAUACGAACAGGACCAGGACCCGUACAAGGACGAAGACGGUGAUUAUGGCUCUGACGAAAAUUAUGAGCCACAACAGACAGGCGAUGCAGACGCUUCUACUUCCUCAGAAGAAAUAUUUUCAGUAAGACCUCGACGACGCACCUCUGGAGGCCCCGUUGCUUCAUCGGAUUCCAGUAAGUCCGAUAUUACAAAUGUAAGCUCACACUCAGAUUUUGGACAGGACGACAGACCUACCUCUCAGAUCGAACCACUAAUACCAGAAUCAAGAGAUGGUUCACCAUCCCUAGUCGCGCCUCAGGACAAUAAUUCUAAUGAUACAGAUUCAGCACCAGUGCAGAACCGACCAAGAUCUCCUGAACCAGAAUAUCAGCCGUGGUCAAACACCACAGAAGACAUUCCUGUUUUUGACUUUGAUGUCAAUUCACAUGGCCCUCAAUUUGAGGUUAACUCUCAAACUAGCGUUGAGGAGAUUUUCAAUCAUGUUUUCCCUAAAGAGCUAAUAGAUUAUCUAGUUCAGUGUACUAACAAUUAUGGUACAGCUUUGUGUAAUUCAAAUAGACCUUCCACUCGAUAUUCUCGAUCUCAAUCUUUUCGCCUGACUACCGCUGAAGAGAUGACAAAGUUUUUAGGACUUUCAUUAUUGCAUGGACAUAUUCGUAUUCCUAAAUGA